ACCAUCACUCUCGAGAAGGAAGGAUAAAAGGGCUGUUGCUGUCUUUAACACCGAGGACUGAAGGAGAGAUGCAAACACAGCCGCCGUUUAGUCAAGACGCUAACAUGAUGAGCAGACACAAGCUUCUUGGUUUCAUGAUGAUGGUGGGCUGCUGCGUCAGGGUCUCUGGGGGAUCAUUUUGCUCCGUGGAACAUACGUGUGCGGGGUACGGGCUAGAGAACCUGGGACUUGACACUGGGGAGGCCGCCUUCUGUCAGGGCCCCGGGUCUAUUCCCCUCUGCCCUGGGAUAUACAUCAAUGGUACUUUUAUAGAAGGCCCCGACACUACUACCACCAUCACCGCCUCCAGCACCGCCACCACUACUGCUACCACUACUGAAUCUGUCACCGCCACUACUGAUUCAAGCUCUGUUACCAGCACCACUACUACUACUACUGACUCAAGCACUGUUACUAGCACUACUACUCCUGAGCCUGCCACUACUACCACCACUGCCUCUCCCACUGUUACUUCUGUUGUGACGCUGCCCCCUGUUACUACCAUCGUCACUUCUACCUACACUCAACCGCCACGCACUUACACUGUCACUCGUACCGUCACCGUCACGAAAACUGUUCUUAUUACCAUCACUCCAACAUCUACUAAUACAGUCUCGCCCUCUCCUACCACACAAACCUCUACUCCUAUUCCUACUUUACCUGUGGCUACCAUCACCCCGACACCCACCACCGCCACCACAGCAACCACCAUUAUUACACAGCCGCCUUCCAUAUCCUGCCAGCCAGCCUCGUGUGAAGGGAAGGAAGCUGGUAUCUAUUAUCACCAAAAUUGCAACUGUCGUCUCUAUUACGCCUGCAUGAAGUCACUGUUUGAUGAGACUAUGAUGGUGAAGAGGGAGUACAGGUGUGCGGGAGAUGAAGUGUUUGACCCCAUUAGCUCUGCGUGUACCGAUGACCUCUCCGUGUGUUUUAUGUUCUAGUUUAGUGAUAGUUUUGUUUGGGUUAGUUUAUUACGCCAGGACACGAGGUUGUUAAAGAAUGAUAUAUUGUUGGUUCAUGGGUAGGGUUGAAUCUGUAGCGACACACACACAAACAGAUCCUUUUGAAUUAAUGUAUUAUAAUGGCGGUGACACACACACACACACACACACACACACACACACACACA